CCAAAAUUCUGACUGUUACAUCCAUCUCACUUUUACCGAAUGCGUUACGCAGUGCUAGUUACGGGACCUGCGGGUGCGGGAAAGUCGACAUUCUCCGGAUCCUUCAUGACGCACCUGAGCUUGUCGCGACGGACCGCGCAUCUGGUGAAUCUAGAUCCAGCAGCGGCGGCGGCAAGCUUUGAGUACGAGCCUGCCAUCGACAUCAAGGAUCUUAUCAGCCUCGAGGAUGUGAUGAGCGAGCUGGAUUAUGGCCCUAACGGUGGGCUUGUAUACUGUUUUGAAUAUCUCUUGCAGAACAUGGACUGGCUGGAGGAGGAGCUCGGAGGGUUCGAUGACGAUUACCUUAUUAUUGACUGUCCUGGACAAAUUGAGCUAUACACCCACCACCCGUUCCUUCCUACACUGGUGAAGAAUCUCGGAAGGAUGGGAAUCAGAACAUGUGCGGUCUACUUGAUAGAAUCCCAGUUCAUGGAAGACAAGUACAAGUUUUUCAGUGGAGUGCUCUCAGCGAUGUCGGCUAUGGUCAACCUUGAGAUCCCGUGGAUAAACGUUAUGUCCAAGAUGGAUUUGGUUACAUCUAAUCCGGAAGAUCCAUCCGGAGGAGCGCGAAAUGGUAUACGAGGUCGGAGAAAUAUUGGACGAUAUCUUGACCCAGAUCCCAUGUUGCUGGCAUUCCCGCAAGGACAUGAACGUAGUGCGCCUAACCCGCGGUUUCACGCGUUGAAUCAAGCCAUAGUUCAGCUGAUAGAGGACCAUCCUUUAGUAUCAUUCCUGCCUCUGGAUCUGACCUCUUCCGAUUCUUUGGAGACUGUAGUCAGUCACAUUGACUACACGAUGCAGUACGGAGAAGACGAAGAACCAAAAGAGCCUCACGACUUGGAUGACGGCGAUUUCCAGGACUUGGAGUGAAUUACGGAGAGCAUAUCAUAUAUGUACUACACUCGAAUUUCUUGAAAUAACUUGAUUUGAUUUGAUGACG